ACUGUUCUCGCUAGUUAAAUCGAAAAAAAUCAUGGCGGUAGCAGUGGAAAAUUUCCAAGCCGAACUUGAAAAAGCACGUGAAACACUGAAUCGUGUAGAUGAAAAUAUAAAGAAAAUCACAGGGAGAGAUCCCACGGAGGCCAGGAAUGCUAGGUUUCAAUCUGCCGGUAAUCAUGGCAAUAAUGAAGGACGAGAAAAUGCCCAGUCUAGAAACCGAAUCCCUCCUCGGUUCCAAGGAAGAUUAUCAUCUAGGGAUGAUCAGGAUAAGAGACAUGAUAAUCAAUCACAUACUAAAAGAAUAGUUAGAGAAGGAGGUGAUGGAAGGCCUACUCCAUUAGUUGCAAUUGGAAAUCCAAAAGGCUGGAAGAAUGAAGAUUAUGAAGAAGGAGAACUUCCACGCAAAGGUGCCAUUCACUCGAGCAUAACUGCACCAAAUGCUGAUAAAAAGACAAGAGAAGAAGCCCUGGCUCAACAGAGCAAAGACGUCAAAGUCAAAGACAGAAAUCGAAGAAUGUUUGGUUCAUUAUUGGGCACAUUAGCCAAAUUCAGACAGGAAGAAUCCACCCAGAAAGAUAAAGAGGAAAAACGAGCCAAAAUCGAACAGCGAUUAGAAGAGAACGCACGCCAAGAAAAAGAAAGCCUGAGAAAGGAAAGGCAAGAACUCUUCUUGGAACGUAAGCGACAACAGGCUCAUGUCAGAAGAUUGGAAUGGAAAAUGCAUCGUCUCAGAGAACACGAUGAAUGGGCAGCUCGUCAGCAGCCAUUGAUGAAAUUCAUCAAAUUAAAUACUACGCCUCCAUUGUACUACAAGCCUAAAAUUUGGACUUCCAAAACCGAAGAGUUGCAACAGGAAAGCCAACGUAAACUAAAAGAAAUGCUGGAAACACGCCGAAAGGAACUUGAAGACGAGUUGGUACGAGUGGAGGAGAAGGCAAAUGCUCGUCUUGAACGCGUUCGUGAACGUGGUAGUCAGGUGGUACCGUCCGGCGAGCAGGACGCCGAAUUGGAAGAACUGGAAGCUGAAAUUGAAAUGUACGCUUUGGCUCUCGGCGAAGAGAAAGAAGAAGACAUGGAACUCAAUCCGGAAGAAGCCAGCCAAGGCCCGCUCACUUUCCCCAAGCACGACCCGGAUGAGACGAUGGACUCUGCUUGACUGUUUCCAAUCAAGUCAUCCCACAUUUCACAGACAACUCGCCGAGGCACGACGCAAGAUUGUCAAUCAAUGGAGUCUUUUUGCGAUUACUGUUUUUAUUUUGCGUUCCAUUUUUUCCAUAGUAAUUGAUGGGUCUCGAACUGGAUUCAAUGGUCUGUAGUGAACUGUUCCGCCUCCUCCUCUACAAAUCAAGAUUCAUCCAGGCGGGUAAUGUCGGCCCAUAACCAUGCAUUUGGCUGAGAAAAAAUAUACGUGAGACGAAAAAUA